AUGACUUCUUUGGAAGAAAUUUUGAAUCCGCUCACUAAUUUCCCCGAUAUACAGCUACAAGAGGAAACCGAAAUUACUAAUGUUCACUAUCACGGCCACAUGUCAUACAUGGGAAAGCAAGUGUGGGUCAAACCGCUGCAGACUCCGGAUCAUCAUUUCCAUCAUUUUCGCCAAAUAUCCAAGCUGCUGACAUCUUUAAGCUUGAUGAGCAGCGAGAACGUCACCGCUUUCAUCGGGAUGUGCUACAAUCACGAUAAAACUUGCAUGUUGCUAUUGGACGACUACUGUCCUCGGCAUUCACUUCACGACAACUACGCCCAAUUACAUUCCGUUAGUGAACUGAAAAGUUCUUUCGUUCAAGAUCUCCUCAAGGGAAUGAAAUUCAUCCAUGAAUCGUCGCGCAAAAGCCAUGGAUUCUUGACCAGUUACUCCUGCCUGCUAAGCAAAAACUUUACCUUAAAAAUUGCUAAACUGGCAUACGCUCAAGUCAAAUCAUUGCUCAAUCACAAGGUCACUGUCCUAAAGUUUGAUCUGGGGAACGAUCAAGAGAUCUUUUGGACAGCGCCCGAAGUUUUGCGGGGUUUAAGCUAUCCCAACCAAAAGUGUGAUAUGUAUUCGUUGGGGAUCAUAUUGAAUGAAAUCUUCAUGGCUGAACCUCCAUAUUCAGAUCUGUUCUUGACACCAAAAGACGUUUAUCAGAAAGCCGCGUUGUCCCAUUAUUCGGAAACCUAUCGUCCGCGCACUGAAAGCCGAAUGAUGGACCACUCCAUGAAGGAUUUGAUCGAGCAAUGUUGGCAUGAAGUCCCUGAAAAGCGUCCUAACAUACAGAAGCUGUACAGAGCCCUUGGUGAGAUAAUGGAUUUGAAGCAGUCGGAUUCCCUUGUCGGACGGAUCCUUAACCGUCUGCAAGUGUAUGCAACGGAUCUGGAAAUUAAGGUGCAACUGCGAACGGCUGAUCUCAUCAGUGAGCAAAAGCUCUGUGACGCUCUUCUGCAAGAAAUGUUGCCCAAAUCGGUGGUGGAGCGGUUACGCGCACAAGAACACGUACAGCCUACCAAUUUUAGUCAAACAACUAUUUACUUUGGGGAUUUGCUGGGAUUCAGUGACUUUGCGUCGUCUGCCACACCCUUUGCCGUUGUGACGUUCCUCAAUACGGCAUAUUCGCACUUUGACAACAUGAUCUCUACGUAUGACGUGUAUAAAGUGGAAACUAUAGGCGAUUGUUACGUGGUGGCUAGCGGUCUUCCGGAGCCAAAUGGAGAAAAACAUAUUACGGAAAUUGCCUCAAUGGCGUGUCGAUUGGUGCAGGAGUAUGAAAACGUAACCUUUCGGUAUAAUACCCGACUGCGAGUCGGCAUCCACUCAGGAACCGUUGUUGCUGCCGUUGUCGGAAAAGCGAUUCCCCGUUACUGCUUAUUCGGAGAUACAAUGAAUACUGCUAGCCGAAUGAUGAGCCAUGGCCAAGCUGGCAAAAUCCACAUCAGUCCGGAAUCGGCCUUCUUGUUGAAAUCAAAUGCCAGUUUUUGCUUGACACCCAGAGGCAGCACUCACAUAAAAGGAAAAGGUGACAUUUAUACGUUCUGGUUGGAUGCCUCCAAGAAUUCACAGAGGCGAAGUGAUUGCCGUUCAGUUACCGAAAUUCUGAUGUUCGCUAACAUUUCUUCUUGUGGGUGAACACUUUAAUUAAUCAAGUUAACUAGAUAUGGA